AUGUCUGAAUCCUCAAUACCGACGCCCAUCGGCACCCCGCAAGAUGAAGAGAAGGCCUUUCAACCCCCCGUCUCUGAAAGCCCUGCUCUGGACUCUCUCCCGCCAGAGGGUGGCCUCCGAGGUUGGCUAUGUUGCGCCGGUGGUUCCCUAGGUCUGUUUGCUACCUUGGGCUUCUUGAACGCUAUUGGAAUUUUCCAAACCACCUAUCAAGAAACUCUCUUGAAAGACUACACCUCAUCCGACAUUUCAUGGAUCUUUACAAUCCAACUCGCUCUUAUAUGGGCUCCUGGCUCCCUAUUCGGUCGCAUUGUAGAUACCUACGGACCACGCCCGGUCAUGCUCCCAUGUACCUUUCUUUGCGUCUUUUCACUGUGCAUGACGAGUCUUUGCACCGAAUACUAUCAAAUUAUUUUGGCGCAGGGUAUUUGUUAUGGACUUGGAGCUGGAGGUAUUUUUACCACCUGCUUGGUAUGCGUGAGCCAGUGGUUCGUCAAGCAGCGAGGCCUUGCUAUGGGGAUUACAGUUGCGGGUAGUAGUAUUGGGGGCGUGAUAUUCCCAUUCUUUCUCCAACUAGUCAUGGAAGACGUGGGAUUCAAUGGCAUGGUGCGCUACACAGCGCUCUUUGUAGGCAUCAUUCUAAUUGGCGCCUUCUUCCUUGUCACUGCGCGACUGCCUCCUAAGAAGUGGAACUCAGAAAUGGCAUGGAUUGACUUCACACUGUUCAAAAAUCGUGGCUUUGCUUUCUAUGCCAUCGGCUCAUAUUUUGUGAUGUGGGGAUUGUGGGCACCUUUCGAUUAUCUUCCUAGCAUGGCCCAAUUGUCGGGAAUGUCAGAUUCGCUGGCCCUCUACCUCAUUGCUAUCGUGAAUGCUGCUUCAUUUUUCGGAAGAGUUAUCCCCGGGCACAUCGGAGACAAGGUGGGGUACUUUAAUGUCAUAACCGGGUCCGCCUUGCUCAGCUGCAUUAUGAUACUCUGUUUAUGGCUGCCUUUCGAUUACCAUUCUUCAAAUGCCGGCCUCAUAGUCUUUGCAGUGGCUUAUGGCUUCUUCAGUGGCGCCUUCGUUAGCAUCAUGAUGCCAUGCUGCGCAAAAUCUGGCAGCCUAGAAACCCUGGGCAGACAGAUAGGUACUUAUCAGGGUGUCAUAGCUAUCUCCUGUCUUACUGGUUUGCCCAUCAUGGGAGCUAUCUUGGGGAAACAACACAAUUCGACCUAUGAGGGGAUGCAAGUAUUUGCGAUUGUGACCAUGUUUGUGGGUUUCGUUUUCCUAUUGGUUUCUCGCAAUGUUCUGGCUGCCGCUCACGGAACAUGGAGGUACUAA